AUGGACGACGUAAGCUUAAGCUUCCAUUCUCCGAUGUCCAUCCCCCCUCCCAAUCUCAGCCACGCGUUUUCAUUCCAUCCUUUCCACUCACGAGUAGGAAGAAGACCACAAAAAAAAAAAAUCCUUGUUUCACGCCGAUUGUGCAUCCGUGACACCUUGUUCUGUAGGAAACCGCCGCCGCCGCCGCCGCCGCAUCCCCCGCCGAACGUGAUGGGUCACACCGACGGGGCAUCGCCCAACAUGUUACGUCUAGAUCUGCUACCGCCGGAGAUCCUCCAUCACAUCUUCUCCGGCCUGGGCCCCCGCGACCUCGGCCGCCUGCCCCGCACGUGUCGCGUAUUCCACAACCAUGUCAAGGGAAACCAACAACUCUGCAAGGACAUCUAUCUGAAAACCUUUGAUACGCCGGCAGUCUCGGACUUGGAUUGGGAGAGGGAGUUACAUGACUUUGUGAGACUCAGCACUCUCUGUGCCGAUGCCAAAGUGAAGGAAAAGAGUCACGAGCUGCCUUUCGUCUGCGAAACGGUAGACAGGCUUCUCAAGCACGCGUCGCCGACGGGAGAGACGCAGAACGAUUCCGGAACUCACGCUUCAUCCCGCAAUGCGGCGGCCGUGGCUCGUCUGUUCCGCGAGGAGCCAGCGCGCCUGGCCUUCUUGUGCCGCUCCUUCAUCUUUGAAUGCGCGCAACACAGGGAGCGGCCCAAAAUCAUGCCGCUCCCGCCCAGCGAGUCGCACCAGAUGAGCGCGAAGCUGCAUUGUCUGUACGGCAGGCCGAUUUUCAACUGCGGGCGCACACGGUCGACGCGGCUGUACCCGUUUGCGUGGUCCAAAGUGUACGACAUGCGACAGUACACGCGGCGGACGAAAUGGGGCCCGUUCAUGGACGACGACACCGGACGCGUGGACUGGGAAAAGGUCGAGGCCAUCAUGAUUGUGAUUGGGAGCAACAUCCGUUCGCAGAACUUGGUGGCCAAGGUGUUUAGUGAUUUGUGGGAACGGUCGUUUGCGGGUUCGUGGUCGGGGAGCUAUAUCCCGGCUCCGAACCGGGGGAUACGGGACCUGGAUUUACAGGAUCCGUAUGGUGUUGCCGGAACGUGGUUGAGAGUGGUAUGUUUCAUUGACUACAAUGACUUUUGGCGCUUCAACGACCUCGACGGCGCCGACUUACAUCCGGUGCCAAGGGAGGUUGCUCGUCCUCCUCUUGACGUAGGGGAGGCCACGCGCGUCAUCAUCGUCAAGGUCCACGUGACGAGCGUACAGCCUCCAGGCGACGAUGACGGGAAGGAUCUCCCCGUGGUGCACUUUGAAGGCAUUUCGCGGUCGAUUGAUGAUACGUGGGACGCGAACACCAGUUCUGAUAUCCGAGGCACGGUGCGUCUGACCAAAGAGGGCGAUGUCCGAUGGACGACGUUUUCCAUCUUCAACGGCCAACCACGAUGGCGGAGCGAGGGGAUCCAGAUUGGCGGCGUGGGUUCCGCUCGUGGUGUUUUAGGAAACUGGUUUGCAGAGGAUUACAAUCGCGCGGGACCCUGCGGCCCCACCGCGUACUUCAAGGUAUCUGACCGGGCGUCGAACCCAGAGAGCGACGACAGACAGAUUAGUUUCCACGACUUUUUGCCGAUCAUGGACUUUCACGCGAACUUGGCCAGCGACGAAGACGACGAUGAGGACUUUGUAGUGGGUGAAUGGGGCGAGGACGAGGAGGACGAGGACAUGGAGGACGAAGAUGAGCGGGAAGCCAUAGCGCAGGACCUGGCGGCGCUGGCGGCUGCAGAGGUUGAUAUGAUUGAUGCCGUGCUGAGCGGCUAG